ACUCUCUUUCGAAAAGGUAUCCAUCCCCGGCCCUGGAGAGCCCACCUCCCCAGGUCUCAGACCCUGGUCACAAGCACAGGCACGGACAGACGCCCCUUUCGAAGCCCGUAUUAUGGGAGCUGGAGACCCUUCUAAGUGAGCACCACAUCGCAAGAGAUCUUGGCCAGAAAGGCGAGGAAGCGGAGACAGGCCACAGCUCUGGGGCGGAGCAGCUGCCUGGCAUGCAGAAUGCCCCAAGUGCAGCCCCUGGCAUCUCCGCUAAGGGCUGAGGGAGACCUCUGGGUCUGCAGCCUUGUCAGUCAGUGCGGACAGGACCGAGCGAGACAGCCCAGUGCCCUGUCUCGGCCUCAAGGCAGCCAAGAGAGCAAACGGUACCUUCUCUCCGUGGCCUCCGGUGCUUGCAGAACUCAGCCGGUCGGACGGAGCUGCCCUCUGCGCCGCGUUUGGUGCUGCCCCUCUUUGCGGAUGGCUGACUCGGUCCUGAGAUCAAUCAAACGGGGAGGCCGAGCGCUCGCGCUCUCGCUCUCGCUCGCGCCCUUCUGAAAGUAUUUUUGGCGAGCAGCCAGAGCGCUUUCCGAGAAGUCUGGAGGGUUUCACUGCUUUGGUGCUGCAUUCCUCCCAAAUGAAACUGUGAUGGGAUUGGUGAGUUCAAGAGGAGCUGCAUUUGGUUUCCUGCUGCACUCGGAGAAGCAUCCAGAACUGCAGAAGGAGCCCCACCGAGUGACAGAAGGAGCCCCACACGCAGACAGGCUGCCCCAGAAAUCCUGAAAAUUGGCUUGUGAGUCGUGACUUAGUGGACUUGUCUGAAUAUGGCUGGGACCAGCAAAGAAACAGAACUAAGGAUCGUCCUUGUUGGUAAAACUGGAGCUGGCAAAAGUGCUACAGGAAACUCCAUCCUGGGGGACAAAAGAUUUGUGUCUGUCAUGUCACCUUCCUCAGUGACUGCAAAGUGUCAAAAAGAGGACACGGUCAUUGGGGGUAGGAAAGUCGUCGUUGUCGAUACUCCUGGGUUUUUCGACACUAAUGUUCCAGAAAGAGAGACCUGCAAAGAAAUUAAAACGUGUGUGAAGCACCUCUACCCAGGACCCCACGCCAUCAUACAAGUCGUUCAACUGAAUCGUUUCAGCAAGGAGGAGAAGGCUGUCGCCCAGUUAAUCCAAAAGAUUUUCAGCUUGAAAGCCAAGGCGUACAUGAUCAUCUUGUUCACCAGGAAAGAUGAUCUGGACGGCAUGCCUCUCAGAGAGUUCCUGCUGAAGGGAGAUGAGGAUCUCCAGAACCAGAUUGCUCAGUGCGGGGGGCGGUGCCUCGCUUUCAACAACAGGGCUAAAGGGCAGGAAAAUGAUGAUCAGGUUGCCGAACUGGUUGAAAUGGUUAAUCAGAUGGUCCAAAGGAACACAGCAGCCCCGAACUACACUGAGGACAUGCUCGAGAAGGACCAAGAAGAGUAUGAGAAGAUGAGGAGAGAAAUACGUGAGGAGAUGCGUGAGGAAUUGCUGAAGAACUACGUGGAUAGGGUCCGCUCACCAUGUAACAUACUCUAAUAAAGUAUAGCGAGGACCAUCCAAUUCAAUACCAAAACAUUUUGAAUAGCAGUGGGUUGGGCAAUGGAGUCUACCGUAACUGGAGACCUAAAGCAAAUGCUUGGCAGACAUAGGGCAGAACCAGCAAUGCAUGCAUGCACCUCUGAUGUCACUGUUGUUGCUAAAAACAGCCAUAGGGGUCAAUCUAGAUUGAAUGGCAGUUGGGGUGGUUUAACCCUCUUUUCCCCCUCCCCCAUCUAUACCUUCUGCAAAUCCCUCCCUCCCCGGCCAGUUAUUAAACGAGAAAACAUGCAUGCCCCCUGCUCCUGAUAUAACAGCAGCAGAGCACAUGGCUUGAAAUAUCCCCAUGUUGUAUGUGAUAAAAUGAUGCACUCAACCUGUCAGAGGCUUGAACUCCUAUGUGGGUGAAAAAACUUUUUGCUGGAAUUUGAGAGGUUGGGAUGCCUCAAAUUUCCCCAAAGCAAUAACAAUCUAACCCAGCUAGAGUGGCCCUUUUGCAGAGCAUACCUAGACAGAAUAAGGUUCUGGUUUUACUCUGUUUUUGUUAAAUAUUCUUUUAUUAGUGACAGGAUUUAUGAAAAUAGUAAGAAUGUCAAAGUCUAAAAACCCAUAGGCAUCUAUUUUAAAAAUGGAUUUUCAUCCAUUCCCCCUGUCUAUCCAUAUCCCAUCUUGUCUCAAUCACAGGCAAGCACACUCUCAAAAACCAGUGGAAAAGAUUGUCCUUUUCUCUCUUCCAGCAGCACCCCACUUAACUAUGUCUCACUUACUGACUCCAUUCAUUAUCAAAGGAAUGUUCUCUCCAAGGCUCGCUAGGUUUAAGUCAUACUAUAAAUUAUCUUUGAGGCCUCCAUGGAAAGUUUCCAAGGAAACAAUGCUCUGAUGAAGUUCACACUGUCUCGCUAUGUUUACAUGGAACAUAAACUGGCUCUAUCAACAACGUUCAAAAUCUAGGCAAUAUGGUUGCCCUUCUGCUUGCUUCCACAAGGUAUGGAUACACAAUGAUCAGUUUAGCCAGUUCAGCUCAGCUCUGUGGCAAACCAGUUUAACCUUGGACCUAAAGUGGGAACUCCACAAGCAUUGUCUCCUCUGUUCCCCUUCCUGUAGUUGUCAUCAUCCCAAAACAAACAGCAUAAAGUGUGAUGCCAGAUUUAUUGAGAGAGACAGGAGCAGGCAUCAUACUAUAAGUAGCAAUGCACAAACUUUAUCAGUAUGUGGGUUAGGAUUGCAACCACUCUCACUGCCUUGAUUUCACAGUUCAGUGUAAACUUAUCAUCCUAUAUCAUUUUCCUUGCUCAUAUACCAGAGAGGAGCAGUUUAGUUCUAAGUCAAGAAAACCGUUUUGGGGGAGGAGAGGAAUUUUAAAUUUAACGUUACUUUUAAUGUUAUGAUUUAGUGCACUGGGCAGUCAAAUCCAGAUGGUUCUUCCCACUUUGGCAAAGGGGCUAGGACUUUAACUGAGGAGCAGAGAUAAAAAUCCACAAAAGAGAUCACUUCUUUCCAUAUUAUUCUUCUUCUUUGUUAGAUUUAUAUCCUGCACUUCCUCCCAGUAGGAGCUCAGGGCAGUAUAUGAAAUGAACCAUAAUGAGUGAUGCAUUCCAUUGGUUUUUAACAAGCAAAACAGGAAGCAGAUUAAAGCUGAAAUCCUAACCUUACCUAUUUGGGAGUAAGCCUCACUGAAUUCAGUGGAAUUGACUUCUGAGUAGACAUGGUUAGGAUUAUAUAUUUUUAUGUUUGAUGUUUAUAUGCCUUUAUUUUGUAUGUCGCUCAGAGUGGCUGGGUUUCCAGCCAGAUGGGCGACUAAUAAAUUGAAUUAAUUAAAUAAAUAAAUAAAAUUUCAGCCUUAGUGCCUAUUGGUUGCUUUUGGCAACAAAAUUUCAGAAACAAGAAAUGGCUUCUGGAUGGUUGUUUUCUGUUUGCUUGCUUGCUUUUUGAUGCUUUAGCCUUAUAGCUGGUGCAAGUACAGUUUAACCACUGCAAGAAUACUUUGAUUUCUGCAAUGCUUUGGCUUAAAUUUUGUUAUUCAUAUUAAACACUCACUUUGCUUAUGAUACUGAUUUUUUCCUAAUAUAAAGAAGGUUUUAAGGACAGCGUUCCUCUGAGCACAGGAUGAGUGCCCUAUGAAGAAUCAAAGAAAAGGGCAAGAUGGAAUAGACAUCUGUGCUCUGCCACAAGACAAAAUAAUCCAUAUUUCACACAUAAUAUAAUAGUGAGUGAGGGACUACACAAAGAUUUAGAUUUUUCUUUACUGAAGUUUCAUUUAGAUAAACUUUGCUCCUGGAAAAGAGAGAAUGAGAGAGAGAGAGAGAGAGAGUGAGAGAGAGACACACACACAUACAUGUUUCUUAAUUGUUUUAUAUCCUUUGGUGUGUUUUCCCUCAGAAUGACCUUGUGAGAGAGACCACUUCUCUAUGAUUCCCAUUUUACAAAAGGGAAACUGAGACAGGAGAGGUACUUGUCCUAAAUCCUUCCCGCUGAGUGAGUUCUAAGUUUGUUUCAAUAAAUAAGGACUGUUUGGAUUUGUUGGGACUGCUAAAAUGACAUGCUUGCUUUAGAGGAUUAUAUCUCAAGGUCAAGCCCGACUUUGGGAUCCACUCACAUUAUCAAGAAGUCCAGCUUUUGUUGCAAGGAGUGGAUUUCAUAACUCUUUGGGGUUCCAUCCAGAACUGUAAGCCUGUUACUUCCCCAGACUGAUUUUCAAAUUUAUAAUUUUGAGAAAAUUAUUACUGAAAAUUCAACAAGAGCUAUUGUUACAUUAUUGUAUUAAUUGCUGUAUCCUUCUUCUUGCAUUGCAUUGAAAUUUCCUAAAUAGAAAGCAAUUAGUGAAUGUUGCUAAUAAAUAAAUAAAACUGAUCCGUGA